UUUGUAUAAUCGUCAUAGAACAGAGCAAGAGCAUUCAUUGUGGUAUUAUGAAAGUCAAAAGUUUUGAUUUUUGUGAUUCUUGUAGGUCACAAAUUUUUCAUUUUCAUCGAGUUGGCUUAAUUUCAGUUUCUAUUUUUAAUUUACUUGUAAUUUCAGUAAGUCUCAUGAAGAUUUUAAUGUUUUAAGCAUUAAAUUAAAUUGGUCAUAAGCAUACGACACAAUUGAAACGGAGGGAUAUUUAAAUUUGUGUUUUACGUUGUAGACGACUGGUUACGCGCAACCAGGAACCAUGGAGGUGGAAGAUGGAGAGGUCAAGGGCUUCGAAUUCAACGAUAAAAGCAUCCGCAGAGGAUUUAUACGAAAGGUGUACUCAAUUUUGAUGUGCCAGUUACUGGUGACCUUCGGCGCCAUCUGUCUGUUUGUUUAUCACGGGCCUACCAAAAGAUGGUUUUUGGCUAACCCAUACAUGAUAUGGGUGGCGUUCGCGGUAACACUGGUCACGAUGAUAGUAAUGGCGUGCUGCGAAAACGUGCGGCGAACGACUCCAAUGAAUUUUAUAUUCCUGGCCAUCUUCACUCUAGCCCAGAGCUUUCUGCUGGGCGCGGUCAGCGCUACCAGCGCUCCUGACGCGGUAAUGAUGGCCGUCGGGAUAACAGCAGCAGUAAGCUUGGCUCUUACGCUGUUCGCUUUCCAGACCAAGUGGGACUUUACGAUGAUGGGAGGAUUCCUUGUCUGCGCGACAGUAGCCCUGCUAAUUCUUGGAAUUUGUGCCAUAUUCAUCCGGAGUAACGUCCUCCAGCUCGUCUACGGCUGCAUUGGAGCCCUCAUCUUCUGCAUGUAUCUGGUCUAUGAUACACAGCUCAUGAUGGGCGGCAAGCACAAGUACAGCAUCAGCCCUGAGGAGUAUAUCUUCGCAGCACUGAACCUUUAUCUGGAUAUUGUUAAUAUCUUCCUGUAUAUUUUGAUGAUAAUAAAUGCAGCUUCGAAGUAGGUUCUCUAAAAACCACUCAACUGUAGUUCUGUACAGUCAAAUAAUUUAAUUUCAGUACCAUUUCGUAUCUUAUCAUAGUGACAGUCAAUAUGACAGUCGCUAGGGACUUCAAAAACUGUCACUGUGACAAAGUAGUAGCCGUGUCUUAUCCAACCUCGACAUGGGCAGAAUCAUCAACACCUUGGUGGAGCCAUAACACGAAAAAUUGAUUGAAGGUAGUAAAUGGAACUGAUAUUAAAUUCCUUAACCGUACUACAAAUUAUAGUCCACUAUUUCAAUAUGAAAGUAAGUAACAAUAAGAACGUUAAAUUGGUUUUGUCUGUGUUUUUUCUCUAAUUGAUACAAAUAUUUAGGCUUAAAUAACUAUAGUUGGGAGCUUUUGGACUGUAUAGACUACCCAUAGAUCGUGUCAUUCAUGAAGACGCGUCCUUGACUUGUACUGUCAUGUUAUUAAUGGUUAGAUUUGAAGAAUCUGCGCGUCAUCGUGGAUGACACGAACUAUAGUUGGGUGGUUUUUACGGUUAAUAUUAAGUAAUAAUAAUAAAAUUUUGAUGUUAUACAUUUAUUUUUCUCGCUCUUAUGUGAGUAGAAUGCGGUAAGGACAGAUGUAUUUAUCAUGAACUAUGUAUACUAGUGUGAGAGACAGAAUGCUUUAUUAUUAACUAUUAAAUGACAAUAUUUGUAAAUAUAAAGAUAAAUAACAAUACGUUCUUUUUUCUUAAGUUCGACUUAGGCUUGACUGUGGAUUUCUAAUACGUUUUCCUGUAAUGUAUAGGUAAAGAACUAUUUUGAAUAUUUUUUUCAAAGAUUUAGUCCCAGUAGUUUCGGAAAUAAAGGAGGUGGGGUGAUUCUUGAAUAACUUCGAAACUAAUUAUUUUAAAAUUAUAGAAAAAAUAUAUUUGUGAUUCACACAA